AUGGAGAACAACACAACCGUCUUUCAGGAUGUCACCCAGGUUUUAAAUCUGACAGAAAUGCCUCUGAAGCCUCUUGAAGAGCAGGUCAUAACAAUAUUUUUGACAAUGCUCAUCUGUGGAGUUGGGAUUGCUGGGAAUAUCAUGGUGGUGCUGGUUGUGCUACGCACUAAACACAUGGUGACCCCAACCAACUGUUACCUUGUCAGUCUGGCUGUCGCAGACCUCAUUGUGCUCUUGGCUGCAGGGCUGCCCAAUAUCUCUGAUGUUGUAGCCUUCUGGAUAUACGGCUACACAGGAUGCUUGUGCAUAACUUAUCUUCAGUACCUGGGCAUCAACGUGUCAUCCUGCUCCAUCACAGCGUUCACCAUUGAACGAUACAUUGCCAUUUGUCACUCCAUAAAGGCACAGUUCAUAUGCACCGUUUCCCGGGCAAAGAGGAUCAUAGCUGGAGUCUGGGUUUUCACCUCACUCUACUGCAUUAUGUGGUUCUUCUUAGUGGACACAAAUGAAACCGUCUAUACCAAUGGAGUGGUGGUCACUUGUGGCUACCGUGUCUCCAGGAGCCUCUAUAUGCCAAUCUAUUUCCUGGACUUCACUCUGUUUUAUGUGAUCCCCCUCAUUGUGGCCACGGUGCUUUACAUACUCAUUGCGAGGAUUUUGUUCAUGAGCCCUCUGCCAUCGCAUCUCAGCGACAGAGGAGGGUCGGUUCACCAGGGUCACUCCAACAGCACCAACCAGGCCAACAAGGGUGCUGUCUCGGCAAGGAAGCAGAUAACAAAGAUGCUGGCUGUGGUGGUCGUCCUCUUCGCCUUGCUCUGGAUGCCUUACCGAACACUGGUGGUGGUCAACUCCUUCAUUGACCCGCCUUACCACAACACCUGGUUCCUGCUCUUCUGCCGGAUGUGCAUCUACACCAACAGUGCCAUCAACCCCAUUAUUUACAACCUGAUGUCUCAGAAGUUUCGUGUCGCCUUCAAAAAGCUCUGCAAGUGCAACUGGCCACACAAGGAGAAGGCAGUCGAGUACAAUGUCCCAAUGUAUUACGGUGUGAUGAAGGAUUCAUCUCAUGAGAGCAACGAGCUGGUCACAGAGCAGGAGGACGUGAGCGGCCAAACCAUCAAGAGGUUCAACAUAACGGAUGAUGACACAAGCACUUUCAGCAUCUCUUAA